AUGGCUCACUUCUUUAGACUCAUACUUCUUGUUUUCAUCACAAAUAUAUCACAUGCUAUCACUACAAACCAAACUCAGUUUUUUUCUGUCAUGAAAGACUCUCUUUCAGGAAACUAUCCUUUUGAUUGGGGCGCAAGCAAGGUCGAAAAACCAGUAUGUGAUUUCACCGGAAUCACCUGCGAUGACAAAGGCGAUAUUAUAAAACUCGAUUUUUCAGGUUGGUCUUCUCUUUCGGGAAACUUCCCUAUAGACUUUUGUACUUACCUUCCAAGUUUACGCGUCCUAAACCUCGGUAACACAAAACUCAAGUUUCCAAUAAACAGCAUAACCAACUGUUCUAAAUUAGAAGAAUUGAUCAUGAAUCAGAUGCACCAGUCAGGAACACUUCCGGAUUUCUCGUCUUUAAAAUCUCUCAGAAUCGUCGACUUAUCAUACAACUCCUUCACCGGGGACUUCCCUAUGUCAGUUUUCAAUCUCACAGACCUCGAAAUUCUCAACUUCAAUGAAAACAGUGGUUUCAAUCUAUGGGAAUUACCAAAAAGCUUUGAAAGAUUGAAAAAUCUCAAGUCAAUGGUUUUAUCAACAUGCAUGCUGCAUGGUCAAAUUCCACCAUCCAUAUCAAACAUAACAACUCUCAUUGAUCUUGAACUAAGUGGAAAUUUCUUGACAGGUCAAAUUCCAAAAGAACUUGGUUUGUUGAAAAACUUGCAACAGCUUGAACUAUACUAUAACUACCACCUAGUUGGUAACGUUCCAGAAGAGCUAGGAAACUUAACCGAACUAAUCGAUUUGGAUAUAUCGGUAAACAAGCUAACCGGAACAAUCCCUUCUUCUGUUUGUAAACUUCCUAAGCUUCAAGUUCUUCAGCUGUACAACAACAGUCUCACAGGUCAAAUACCAGAUGAAAUUGAAACCUCAACAACACUGAGAAUGUUGUCUCUUUACGACAAUUUCUUAAGCGGACACAUUCCGAAGAAACUAGGCCAGUUCUCAGGAAUGGUUCUUGUUGAUUUGUCUGAAAACAAAUUGUCUGGUCCUUUACCAGAACAUGUCUGCGAAGGAGGUAAACUGUUAUAUUUUCUUGUUUUGGACAACUUUUUAUCUGGUUUUAUACCAGAAAGUUACGCGAACUGCGUGUUUCUGUUACGCUUUCGGGUGAGUAAUAACCGUUUACAAGGUUCAGUUCCAAAAGGACUAUUGAGUUUACCUCAUGUUUCAAUCAUUGAUUUGAGUAGUAACAAUUUAACCGGUCCAAUUCCGGAGAUCAACGGAAACUCUAGAAACCUGUCUGAACUUUUCCUUCAGAGGAACAAGAUAUCAGGAGAGAUAACACCAACAAUCUCUAGAGCUUAUAGCCUUGUCAAAAUUGAUUUCAGUUAUAACUUUCUAUAUGGUCCAAUCCCUUCUGAGAUUGGUAACCUUAGAAAGCUUAACUUGCUUAUGCUGCAAGGUAACAAGUUGAACUCUUGUAUUCCUGGUUCACUUUCUUCUUUGUAUUCACUCAACCUUCUUGAUCUUUCCAAUAAUCUCUUAACCGGAAACAUCCCCGAAAGUUUAUCCGUCUUGUUGCCGAAUUCGAUUAACUUCUCACACAAUCUUCUUUCUGGUCCAAUUCCUCCUAAACUGAUUAAAGGAGGUUUAGUUGAAAGCUUUGCAGGAAAUCCUGGUUUAUGCGUGGUGAUUCCGGUGUCUGCGAAUUCAUCUGAUCAAAAAAACUUUCCAUUAUGUUCACAUGGUUACAAGAGUAAGAAGAUGAACACCAUCUGGGUAGCUGGUGUGUCUGUGAUAUUGAUUUUUGUAGGUGCUGCUUUGUUCUUGAAGAAAAGAUGCAGCAAAGACGCGGCUGCGGUUGAUCACGAAGACACGCUCUCUUCAUCCUUUUUCUCUUAUGAUGUCAAGAGCUUUCACAUGAUUAGCUUUGAUCAAAGAGAGAUUGUUGAGUCUUUGGUUGAUAAGAACAUUAUGGGACAUGGAGGGUCAGGGACAGUCUACAAAAUCGAGCUCAAGAGUGGCGAUGCUGUCGCGGUUAAACGCCUUUGGAGCCGAAGCUCGAAGGACUCGUCGCCCGAAGACGCGUUAUUUGUGGACAAAGCAUUGAAAGCUGAGGUGGAAACUCUUGGAAGCAUAAGGCACAAGAAUAUAGGUUGGAUUCAUUUGGAUUGGCCUACAAGGCAUAGGAUUGCACUUGGAAUUGCUCAAGAUUAUCAUCCUAAGGUUGCUGAUUUUGGAAUUGCUAAGGUUUUGCAAGCAAGAAGUGGAAAGGAUUCCACAACUACUGUUAUUGCAGGAACUUAUGGUUACCUAGCACCAGAAUAUGCAUAUUCACCAAGGGCCACAACAAAGUGUGAUGUGUACAGUUUUGGAGUGAUUUUGAUGGAACUGUUAACUGGGAGAAAGCCAAUAGAGUCAGAGUUUGGAGAAAACAGAAACAUUGUAUUUUGGGUUUCAAACAAAGUUGAAGGCAAAGAAGGAGCUAGACCAAGUGAAGUUUUUGAUCCAAAGCUAUCAUGUUCAUUCAAAGAUGACAUGGUUAAAGUUUUGAGAAUUGCGAUCCGAUGCAGUUACAAAGCACCAGCUAGUAGACCAACCAUGAAAGAGGUUGUUCAGCUUCUGAUUCAGGCAGAACCUAAAACUUCUGAUUCUUGCAAGUUGUCAACUAAAGAAGUAAAGAAACCAUUUGAGUUAUAG